AUGGUGCGGAGGUGCAGGAUUUGGACAUCGUCAGGCUACCUCAAGCGUUGCCCCAUAAGACUGCUUCCUGCGUGUGGUCAGCCCUCGCGCUUUGGAUCAGGUGGCCUUGGGCCGGGUAAUCUGUUUGCGCGUGCAGAUUAUCCGUGCGUUGUGAUAACGUGUGAUCAGGCCACUGCCAACAUAAAGUUGCUUAAGCACCUUCGCGCGCGCAGUCCAAGCCAAUGCUUCCUGCUGCCCAUGCUUUGUGCUCAACAUCGCAACGGCAACGUUGUAGAACAAAUAACGAAACUUCUCGGCAUUUUGCCAGGUUCCUAUUGCUGGGCCAAAUGCAGUAGCAAAGGUAAUUUCCUAAAGGAUUUGAAAGAAGCUGUAAAAAAGCAGUUGGAGCAAGACUUGGUCAUUUUAAUCGAAGAGCCACCUGGCGUGCAGGCUGAGUGGUCACAAGCAAAAAAGCAAGCAAAGCUCACCCUGCGUUUGCUGCUGGAAGGUUUGGCCGACUUGGCCUCAAAUGCAUCCCCUGGCCUUCGCCCUGAUAGCUCCGCCGUUGUGGAAGCUUUCGCGAACUUCUUCAGUGGCCCGUGGACAGGUCCGAACAUGAACGCAGAGCAGCUGAAGGAAGCUGUUGUGAGCCUGACGAAAACUUUGUGUGCGGACACCUACGGUGGAGUGGAUGCCGUGCGCUGGGCCAGAGACACUUACAGUUCCAG